UUCCCCCUAUUUUUUUCUUACGUUGUUGGCAGAAUGAGACCAGAACAAGGAGUGACAAGGUGACAGUGUCCUUGGACAUCCCUUACCAUUAGAGUCACUGAGCUCCACUGGACAGUGUGAUACACACUUGGCUGUGGAUGGGUGGUCUUUUAAAUCUCUUUCCUUCUCUUCUCUGGUCUGGCUUCUCCAUCACCUGCUGCUUUUGAUUCCUUUGUGGGGUGGAAAUCCCACCUGCCUGGACCCGGCAGCAGAGGGAGGGUAGAAGUCUCCAAUGGUGGCAGUACCACGUGGCUGCGGGGACCGUGGUUCCUCUGUGAUGAGCGGGGGGCUCAGGAUGCCGCGGAGCUGGGAGCACUUCCGGGUGUGUGAGUGCCCUUGAGGGCCCGAGAAGCAGGUCGGGAAGUGUUAGUGCCAGGGGACCCGCCUUCGCUGUGGCCGGCAGAUCUGCUCCAUUGAGGCACAGGUGGUCCUUCAAAGACGGGGUGUCUUCCCCUGAGAUCAGCAGACUCACGGAGCCUUGGAGAAGCAAUGCAGGGCGAGCGCCAGCUCUCGAGCUCACCCGAUGCAGCCCGUGGGUCACACCGUCCUCACAUUGACUUAACAUUUCUUUUGCCUCGUCUUAAGAAGCAAGAAUACCCGUGAAGUCGUGAGUUUGGUAUCUCAGUUAUAUUUUACUUGGUGCACACUGAAACGGACAUGUAACUGUUAGGAUAGACAAUGAUUUGUCCCUUCUCCUGCUGGCAGGGAACGUGUACUCCCCAUAUCCCCUCAGCCGCUCACUGGGAGGGGACCAGCACCCUGGCCCAGGGUCCAGGGAUGAGACUGGACUGUGUGGAUCUUAGGUGGGAACCCCUCAUGCCCCAUCUCAGAGGCCUUUCCUACCGUCUGACCGGGGAGCAGUUGGUGUAAGUUAGGCUGCUGUUUAAAUGCGUUCCCUGGGGCUGUCAGAGCACAGGACCACCAACCUGGCAGCUUGAAACAAUAGAGCUUUAUUCUCUCACAGUCUGGAGGCCAGAAGUCCUAAAUCAAGGUGCGGGCAGGGCCACCCUCUCUCUGGAGGCUCCAGGGAAGGACGCUUCCUGCCUCUUCUAGUCUCUGGCGGCUCCUGGCAGUCCUGGGUGCUCAUGGCCAAGACACAUCCCUCCUACCUCCUGUCCUGUUCUCAUGGCCUUCACCCUGGUGUCCAAAUUUCCCUCUCCUUAUAAGGACACCAGUCACGCUGAAUUGGAGUCCACCGUAAUGACCUAAUCUUAACUCUGUUACAUCUGCAAAGACCCUCUUUCCAAAUGAGGUUACAUGCCCCUGCAGUUAGGACUUGAACAUAUCUUUUGGGGGGACGUGAUUCAACCCACUACACCGUUACAGCUUGUAUUUGCCUGACACAUUACCCCAUACAUUUCUCAAUCCCAGCGUUUCCUGAGGCCUCUUCGUGUGUCUCCAGCUGUCACCUCUCACUCCUGCCCUUCCCUUGCUGGUAGAGCAGACGUGGCCAGUGACAACGGUAUUGAGUCUGUAGAAGAGACCACCCCAGGAUCCCAGAUGAACAGCCGGCGCGAAGAUAUGGAAAUCGCGUCCCACUACCGGCAUCUGCUCCACGAGCUCAACGAGCAGAGGCAGCACGGCGUCCUGUGCGACGUGUGCGUGGUGGUCGAGGGCAAGGUCUUCAAGGCCCACAAGAACGUCCUGCUCGGCAGCAGCCGCUACUUUAAGACGCUCUACUGCCAGGUGCAGAAGGCGUCCGACCAGGCCACGGUCACGCACCUGGACAUCGUCACGGCCCAGGGCUUCAAGGCCAUCAUCGACUUCAUGUACUCUGCCCACCUGGCCCUCACCAGCAGGAACGUCAUCGAGGUGAUGUCCGCGGCCAGCUUCCUGCAGAUGACGGACAUCGUGCAGGCCUGCCACGACUUCAUCAAGGCCGCGCUGGACAUCAGCAUCAAGCCGGACGCCUCGGACGAGCUCUCGGAGUUCGAGGUGGGCGCCCCACCCAGCAGCGGCGCGGACGCCCUCAUCUCCGCCGUCAUGGCCGGGAGGAGCAUUUCCCCGUGGCUGGCCCGCCGCACGAGCCCCGCCAACUCUUCUGGGGACUCGGCCAUCGCCAGCUGCCACGAGGGCGGGAGCAGCUGCGGGAAGGAGGACCAGGAGCCCAAGGCCGACGGCCCCGCGGACCUGUCCUCCCAGCCGCUGUGGCCUGGCGACGCGGGCUACGGGCCCCUGCACAUCAAGGAGGAGCGGCUCUCGCCGGCUCACUACGCGGGCAGCGAGCCGCCGUCCGCCGGGGAUGGGGCCGCUCAGAACUCCUUCUCAGAGCAGGCGGCAGGGGACGGCUGGCAGCCCACGGGCCGGAGGAAGAAUCGCAAGAACAAAGACACGGUCCGGCACAUCACGCAGCAGGUGGAGGACGACAGCCGGGCCGGCUCCCCGCUGCCAUCUUUCCUCCCGACGUCCGGGUGGCCCUUCAGCAGCCGAGACUCAAACGCGGACUUGACCGUCGCUGAAGCCAGCAGCUCGGACAGCCGCGGGGAGAGGCCUGAGCUCUACGCGCAUGUGGACGAGGGGCUCCUGGGAGGAGAAGGCAGCUACCUGGGAGCCCCCCUCACCCCGGAGAAGGACGACACGCUGCACCAGGCCACCGCGGUGGCCAACCUGCGGGCGGCGCUUAUGAGUAAGAACAGCUUGCUGGCCCUCAAGGCCGACGUGCUGGCGGACGACAGCUCCCUGCUACUGGAGUACCUGCCCAAGGGCACCCACUCCCUGUCCCUGAACGAGUUCACGGUCAUCAGGAAGAAGUUCCGCUGCCCCUACUGCAGCUUCUCGGCCAUGCACCAGUGCAUCCUCAAGAGACACAUGCGCUCCCACACGGGCGAGCGGCCCUACCCCUGCGAGAUCUGCGGGAAGAAGUUCACGCGGCGCGAGCACAUGAAGCGGCACACUCUGGUGCACAGCAAGGACAAGAAGUAUGUGUGCAAGCUGUGUAGCCGCGUGUUCAUGUCGGCCGCCAGCGUGGGCAUCAAGCACGGCUCGCGGCGCCACGGCGUGUGUGCCGACUGCGCGGGUGGCGGCGGGGCCGGGCCUCUGGAUGGCGGCGGCGCCGAGGGCUCUCCUGAGCUGUUCGCGGGCGACGGGCCGUACCUGGAGGACCCCGAGGACCCACGCGGCGAGGGCGAAGAGGAGCUGGGCGAGGACGAGGACGACGUGGGCCUGGCCCCCGAGGACGCACUACUGGGGGACGACAGGGAGGUCGAGGACUCGCCACGGGGGCCUCGCAGCCCUGCCGGGGGCACCGACAAGGACUUCACCUGGAUCUCCUAGGCUGGGCCAGGCACUGGGCAGCGGCCGCCCCCGCCUGCGUGCGCCCCGGGCCCCCUUCACCUGCUCUCCCCCACCCCUCGAGGACACCCGGGGCUCAGAGGCAGGCGCUGCCCCAGCGAGUGGGGCUGGGGACGCACGUGGGGCGGGUCUGAGCCCAGGGAGAGCCCUUGUCACCUCCCCCAGCAGGGGCGCGGGGCGGGCAUCAGGGGUGCCCAGGACGCACCGGUCUGGCGUCGGACGCGCCGUGACGUGUGGGGCCCAGCGCUGGCUGUGGUCCCAAGUGUGGCCCCGAGGCCCGGGUCCGGGAGCUGUUAGGAGAGUUCUCCUGACCCUGGGCCCCGUCCAGGGCCGAGUCCCCCCGCCUCCGCUCCCCCUUCUCAGCAGUGGGGUCACUGCUGGCAGCUGCCACUGCCCCCGCCCUCGAGGGCUGUGCCGUCCGGUGGCAGCCUGCGAGAUCCAGGUCUGGCGUCCAGAAAGCCCCGCGGCCCCCCCGCCUCUGGGCUUUGGUGCUCAACACGCAGCAGCUGCCGACCUCGGCCCAGGUGCCCAGGUGCCCAGGCGCCCAGGUGCCCAGGUGCCCAGGCGCCCAGGUGCUAUCCCCCCACGGAGGCGGCUGGGCGGGGGGCCCAGGUGCUCCCACCGUAGGGGCCUCCUCUUUCUUUGUGUGCACUUCUCUGGGCUGGCUCGCCCCUCCGCCCCUCCCGUCCUGCCGCGCCCAGGCCACUCCUGCUGACCGUUCCGGGCGGCUCGCCUUCGUUGCUGCUCACGCCGCCUGCGGGGGCCGCCCCUCCCCAGGUGCUCGGGCCCCGGUUCCGUGAGUAGCUAAGGAAACUGAGGCUGCCACGUAACAUGGUUCUGUUUGGUGUUAUCUUUCCCGCUCGACCACACUCGCAGACGUGUCUUUCCUUUGGUUUCUUCCCAAGCCCCCUCGCCGUCUUUUAAACACGCUUAUGACCCCUUCUCUAUCUUUUUUCUGAGAAGCCGGGGCCCCGCCGUGUGCUGUGAGGACACUGUGGGCCCAACCCCGGUCUGUCUCCCUUUCAGGCUCAUGACACAUACAUUCCAUCCCCUCCACCCACCUCGCUUGGGAGCCCCUGCGGGACACCACGCCAGGGCCCCUUGGGUGCUGAGCUAGAGCCGAAGGAGACACUGGCUUGAUUUUCUCUCUCCCCACAGCCUGCAAGCCGAAUGGCUUUACUGCAUUUCUCCCGGGUCCCAUCUACUCUUUCUAGGUGGAGAAAGGCAAAUCCCACAGAACCCUCCUUAGUAAGUGGCUAGCUGCGUGGACACGGACGGGUGCUGUCCUUGAAGCCCUGCCCGGGGAGGAGUCGCAGCUUCAUUUUUUGUUUUGCUUUGUUUUAAACAUAGCCACCUUUCUCUCAGUCAGAAGAGGGCUGCCCUCCCAUCCUCAGCUAGGGACGCUGCGAACUCCUCAGUGCCGGCAUCCUUAGAGAAGGGCCGGGCCGGGCUGGGGGCAGGAGCCCAGGGCGGGUUGGGGUGCCUCCGGGGCCAGUGCCCCGGUCUGCCUUUCACAGUGGGGCCCGGCUGAGCCCCUCAGUGGGGCUCCCCACUGUGUACCUUUCCCCCACUUUCUAACCCCUUUUAUAAACAGACUUACUUUCUUAUCAAAUGCAUUUGGAAACCAGACCUUUGCUACCAAGCGUCUCUGGGUUUUGUAUGGGGCCACCUCUCAGCCCGCUGCCUGCGCCCCAGGCCACCUUUGCGCCACACUCAGGACCUGCUCACUCCUGCUCCGGACCGUCCUGGCUGACUUUUGACGGGGCCCUCAGUGCCACAAGGGCAUUUUCUUCCUCAAAACAAUACCCUGGAAAACCGAGGGUCCCACCUCCCGCCCCCGAGCCCCGUGUGUUCACGAUUCUCGUGUGCGGUUAACUCGAGAGCUGGAUUUCAGAGAUGCAGGCGAACACAUCGCCUCCAGAGGCGUGGAGGGAAAGACGCGUAACGAAAGUUUCUUUUUUAACGUGAUCUUUUUUUUUUUCCCAAAUCAAUGUUUAAACUAAUAAAUAUUUUUUUAUGAAGCGGAAAAGCGUGUAGAUCACAUCUCACAUUUUGUACCUUUCCGUCUGUGUGCGUCUGUGUUUGGUGUCUGCAACGCCGAUGUGGGACGCGGUCCAUCGGGCGGCAAGGUCUUUGGGGGUGGGGGAGGGGCGGGGGAACCAAGAUUUUGUAUCAAGCUCUGGAUCCUGACCGGGUUGUAUGCUUGAACUCUGGGUUUGGGAACAGUCACAACACUGCCAGGACUGGAUAGGGACCUCAACUGAAAGAACACAGCUACUGCUUCCAACUUUGCACAUCUUCCUUUUUAAAAAAGAGAACUCUGAAAAAAUGCAAAAACUGGAACUUUUUGCAAUAUUAUAUGAAAGAUAAUCUUAUUUUCGCUCAUUCUGUGACAUGUGCAACUCUUAAGAAAGCCAUACUUAAUGGUGUUUUUAUUUUUUAGAUCCUAUAUUGUGUUUUGUACGUGGCCCUUUUUAGAACUACUUGUAGUGAGGGCGCUGUGUGUGUGCUUUUCUUAAAUAUUUAUUUUUUCAACAUGCUUUCAACCUGUCAACACAAACAAAACAGAAAAAGGGCAGUGUUUGAAGAUUGUUGAUUUUUUUCUGGGGAUAAUCUAUAUUAUAUCGACUUUAUAUGAAUUAUUAUAAACCUGUGUUUGUAUUGGAGAUGUGUUUCAUAUUUGGGGGAGUCUUUUGUAACUGGUCAGUGGGACAUCACGGCCAUCGCCUGCUUCCCCGGAGCCGUCAACGGCCAACAGCACCUCCUCCCUAGUGGUCUUGAGAUUUCUUGUCUGCCGGGCGCACUCCGGGCCCGCCUGUGGGUCUCCUUUCUGUGACGGGAUUAGUUAGACUUUCUUGCAAAGCGAUCACUUUCAAUAAACUGGGAAAUUGCU